CGCAGGCGUUGCUCGCACCUUGUUGGUCAGUGCUGGGAGCGCUGCUAUGGCGUUUCUCAGACCCGCGGCUCCUCCUCACGAGCUCGAGGCGGAGGGAAGGAGGGGUAAGAGGAGGAGGCGCGAGGACGGCCGCCGCAGCUGCACACCCGGGGCCAGAGAAGGAGGCGGAGCGGGAGCCGCCGCAGCCACCCCGGCCGCCGCCGCCGCCGCCCGCAGCUGCGGGGCUGCUGCGAGUCCUCUCCGGGCUUGAGGGCACGCGGGGCGCCCCGGCCAUGCCCCGCAUUGGUAGCUGAGCCGGGCGCGGGCCCCCUCCCUCCCGGCCGCGUCAGCCGCGGUGCCCCCGGACUGCCCGCGGCCGGAGUGCCCGGCGCCUCCCGCGCGCCCCAGACCGCGAGCGCGAGCAGUCGCGGCCGCCGAGGCACGGGUGGUGCCGGCGGCGGCGGCGGCGGGAGCGCGGGGCAGGAGGAGGCGGGGAAGAUGGACCCGGCGCCCUCGCUGGGCUGCAGCCUCAAGGAUGUGAAGUGGAGCUCGGUGGCCGUUCCGCUCGACCUGCUGGUCAGCACUUACCGGCUGCCCCAGAUCGCGCGGCUGGACAGCGGAGAAUGCAUUGAAGGGCUGCGGGAAAACGAAUACCUUCUGAUUCAUUCGUGCCGUCAGUGGACCACCAUCACUGCCCACAGCCUGGAGGAGGGACACUACGUCAUUGGGCCAAAGAUAGAGAUCCCAGUGCAUUAUGCAGGGCAAUUCAAGCUGCUGGAACAAGACCGAGAUAUAAAGGAGCCAGUGCAAUAUUUCAACAGUGUGGAGGAGGUGGCUAAAGCGUUUCCUGAACGUGUGUACGUCAUGGAGGAAAUAACAUUCAACGUGAAGGUUGCUUCAGGUGAAUGCAAUGAGGACACCGAAGUUUAUAAUAUCACCCUCUGUACUGGGGAUGAACUCACUCUCAUGGGGCAGGCAGAAAUCCUGUACGCAAAGACUUUCAAGGAGAAGUCACGACUCAACACGAUCUUCAAAAAGAUCGGCAAGCUCAACUCCAUCAGCAAGCUGGGGAAGGGCAAAAUGCCAUGCCUGAUCUGCAUGAAUCACCGGACCAAUGAAAGCAUUAGCCUGCCAUUCCAGUGCAAGGGCAGAUUUAGCACCCGGAGUCCCCUGGAACUUCAGAUGCAGGAGGGCGAGCACACCAUCCGCAACAUAGUGGAGAAAACCAGGCUCCCCGUGAACGUGACGGUGCCCAGCCCUCCACCCAGGAACCCCUAUGACCUCCACUUCAUCCGUGAGGGGCAUCGCUACAAGUUCGUGAACAUCCAGACCAAGACAGUGGUGGUUUGCUGUGUGCUACGGAACAACAAGAUCCUCCCCAUGCACUUCCCUUUGCACUUGACGGUCCCCAAGUUCAGCCUCCCAGAACACUUGGUAAAGGGAGACGUGUGGCCCGAGACCCUGGUGCAUCACUGGCUGGGUAUCUGCCAAGAACAAUUCGACAUCGACGAGUAUUCCCGGGCUGUCCGAGAUGUGAAGACCGACUGGAAUGAGGACUGCAAGAGCCCCAGGAAGGGCCGGUGCUCUGGCCACAACCACGUGCCCAAUUCUCUGAGCUACGCCCGCGAUGAGCUCACCCAGUCCUUCCACCGGCUGUCUGUCUGCGUGUAUGGCAACAAUCUCCAUGGCAACAGUGAGGUGAACCUCCACGGCUGCAGGGACCUGGGGGGAGAGUGGGCGCCCUUCCCUCACGACAUCUUGCCCUAUCAGGACCUGGGGGACAGUGGGAGCGACUACCUGUUCCCGGAAGCCGGUGAAGAAUCGGCGGGCGUCCUGGGGAAGUCGGAGCUUCCUUACGAAGAGCUCUGGCUGGAGGACGGCAAGCCCAGCCAUCAGCCUCUCACGCGUUCCCUGAGCGAGAAGAGCAGAUGCGAUCAGUCCAGAGGUUCCGUCCGGUCCAAAUGUGCAACCUCUCCUCUUCCAGUGCCCGGAACUCUGGGAGCAGCUAUGAAGUCUUCAGAGAUCGCCCUACCUCCACCUCCAGUGCCUCCCAAAUCUGAAGCCGUCAGGGAAGAGUGCCGGCUCCUGAACGCCCCUCCUGUUCCGCCCCGAAGCGCAAAGCCUUUGUCCACAAGCCCCUCCGUCCCUCCUCGCACAGCCAAGCCAGCGCGGCAGCAGACUCGCUCUCCCAGCCCCACCUUGUCCUACUAUUCUUCAGGGCUGCACGACAUCAGCGUUCCUAAAAGCGACACAAGUCCUCCCGAAAGCGCUCCUGUGUCCUGCUACCCCUGUAACCGUGUGAAAACGGAGUCCGUGGACCUCAAGUCCCCGAUGGGAAGUCCCUCUGCUGACACGCUCUCCUCCAGGCUCUCGUGGCCCAACCAUUACUCGGGAGCGGCAGAGAGCCAGACCAGGAGUGACUUCCUGCUGGGUCCCAGCAGGAGCUACAGUUACCCCAGACAGAAGACGCCAGGCACACCAAAGAGAAACUGCCCAGCACCCUUUGAUUUGGACGGCCUUGAGCUCUCGGCCAGUCCGCCCGGCUCCAUCACUUCAGAAUUCAGCGGCAGCAUCUCCGCCUGUCCCAAGUCAGCCAGCUACUCUGUGGAGAGCACAGAUGAGAAAAUUCUGGCUGCUGACAUGACCAAGCAGAGUAUUUCAUGCCCUGCCUUACCCCCCAGGGCUCCCAAACCCGUGGAAGAGAAAACCGCCUCGGACACUUCUCCUUUGCCUCUGAAAAUUGAUGGUGCUGAGGAAGACCCCAAGUCUGGGUCACCGGACCUCUCUGAGGACCAGUACUUUGUUAAAAAGGGCAUGCAGGACAUCUUCUCCGUUGCCUACCCUUUCGCAUCUCCGCUCCACCUCCAGCUAGCCCCCAGGUCCUGUGGCGAUGGCUCCCCAUGGCAGCCGCCUGCGGACCUGUCGGGACUCUCCAUAGAAGAAGUGGCCAAGUCGUUACGGUUUAUUGGUUUGUCUGAAGAUGUCAUAUCAUUCUUCGUUACUGAGAAGAUCGAUGGGAAUUUGCUCGUUCAGCUGACCGAAGAAAUCCUCUCCGAGGAUUUCAAAUUGAGCAAACUGCAGGUGAAGAAAAUAAUGCAAUUCAUUAAUGGCUGGAGGCCCAAAAUAUAGCCAAAUAACCCCAGCUAGCAUUGAACAAAACGAACAAAUAUGUGUGCUAGAAGGGGUGGGCUGGAACACAAUUCCAUGUUUUUUUGCACUAGAAACCUUCUCUGUAAAUAGGGAUAAGAGAAACUCUUACUAUGCAGAUUACGUUUUUGAAUGGUGAACAGGCUAUUUUGUACAUCAAUAAAAAUGCUGUACAGAACACUUAGAGGUGUGCCUUGUACAUCACUCAACACUCAACAGCUGCUAAAAGACAAAAGGCAUGUGCAGAGAAGUAAUUCUCACCCAAGGAGGUUUAUGUGAGAAGGUAUGAUAUUUAUUACAAAAUAGCCAAAGCUGAAAACUGUAAGAAUCAAAACAAACAAACAAAACUUAAAAAAACAAAAAACAAAAAACACUUUUUGAACAACAGUUCUCUCCUUUGGGGAAAUCGACUUUAGACAAUUAACUGUCCUGUGCUCUGUCGUUUGGAUUGCUCAGUGCUAAUCGUUUUACUCUUGUGCCUGAAAAUGUUAGUGAUAUGAAAUGACACUUUACUGUUUGUUAUAUGCUUGGUGGGGAUCUUUUCAUCAAGAGACAUUUUCCAAAAGUCAUGUGUUGAUAGAGGAUAUAUGAAAUAAUACAAAUCAUGACCACAAUAAUUUAUCUAUAACUACUGCUGAUUUUAUUGAGCAGUGGGGAAAAAAAAAACCCUGAUAUUUUAGAUAACAUCUGUUCACUUUCAAAAAUUUGGGUUUGGGGCUGUUAACUAAGUUGACUAUUUUAGGAAGAGUGGACAGAAUGAUUCCAAAGAUCCUCAGAACCCUUCCCCUCAAAGCUCAGUCUGACUCCGCUUCAUCAUGGAAAGCCUGGAAGAACUCAGUAGAGGGGUCUGUAUUAAAGAAUUAAAUUUGAUUGUAAGCCCAAGGGCGGUGGUUUGCUUAUAAUAAUACUUGCAUGCCGAUGUCUGGGAAAAUGAUAGUUUCUUGUCAGGGGGUAAUUCAUCUCCGGUUUGAGGGUCAUCUUUUUUCCUGGUGUCUAACAGUGAAAGGUCUGAAGAGUGUUUCUCAGAGCGUGUUAGGUAUCCAAUGCUUGGCUUCAGGAGAGCUCAGAAAUCAGACUUAUUAGGACCUUCAUCUUUUGAGUAAAUUUUUAUAAAGUAUCAGUAAGUACACUUGAUUUGUUCAUAAAACUCUUCUUCCAUCUCUUCCAAAGAAAACACAUUAUUACCAUAAUUUUAUUCCAAGAAUUCCAGGACAUGAUUCUGACAGUUCUUGCCAAAUGUGAUUGAAUAGUCCAAAAUAUAAUGGCCUCAUCAUCCUUGUUGACUUUUUGGAGGAAUGUAAAUCUUAGAAAAGUUCUAGUUCUCCGAGCCAGUCGCCAGCACUAGCCCUGCCUGCCCCCCAGCCUGAUUCUGGACGUGCAGACAUCUGUGACUGACGUCAGCCAACCGGGGGCCACUAGGACUUGCAGGAUUGGCUUCUAGCUUCUUCCCCACUCUUCCUGCUCACCAAAAUAAAUGCACAAGGGGAAAGACAAGACCCAUGGUAACAGAACACGCAGGAUGCAAUAUGCCUUUAUUUCUUGACAUUAAUGAUGCUCUCAGUUCUGAUUUAGAAUUGAGGUGAACUAACACCUCUUUUCAUUUUACAUCCUUGAUCUUUUUUUAAGCAUUCCUUCCUUCUCUUAACAUAUCUCCCAAAAUGUAAACACUCUAGGUAAAAUGUAUCCCAUAAAGAGAAACUGAAGUGCCCCUUCAGAAGUAGCCAAAAAAUCUAGAUGGAAGUUUCCGGUCCUGCGCUCCCGUGACAUGAGACCUGCCCUCAGUGACUUUCAUGGUUAAGAAACAUCCUUCUGUGUGAACAGCCAUUUCUCUAGCAAUGUUAACCUAUCAGCACUUUCUUUUAAAAUAAAAACAGGUUGCAGUUGAAAUGUUGCACUCCCCACCCCACCCCCAGCAAAUUUUUGCUGAAUCUGCUUUUAAGCACCUGACCCUUGGACACAAUUCUCGAAUUCAGGUGCGGGGAACACAGUGGGUUUGGGUUUACUCUGAAGGCUGCCCCCCAUGAACAGUUGACUCUUUGUGUGUUUCUCUUUCUUUCUUUUUUUUUUUUUUUUUUUGUUUCUUCUUUGCAAAAACUCGACACAAAUAGUUUCUGGUUUUCGUCCGGGCAUGUUUAUAUCAAGUUUGUAUUGGUGGCAACGCAGACACUACUUGGGGGCAGGCUCUAGGGGGCAGGCGCUAGGCCCUUUGGGUCAUGUAUUCAGAUUUGUUGAGCACCUUUUAUUGCCAGGCACUGUGCUGGUAUGACUCGACAAUGCUGGGGGCUGGGGGGAAGCCCUCUUGGAGCUCAUAAUGUUUAUAUUUAAAAUCACAGUUGCUGAGACUGCAUAUGUGUGAGUAAGAGAGACGCGAAAUGGAGAGUUAAGUGUGUUCUGUCUUUAAAGAAUCCACAGAUGGAAGAAAUGGCAGCCUCUGUGAAAGGGGUAAAAAAAAUCAACACCAUGUGAUCGUGAAAACUUGGACUAUGUUGGAGGCAGAAAGUAUCUCGGACUCCCACUGGCUAAUGUUCUCUUUUGCUGAUUGGGAAUGUUUAACUGUGGUAACUAUCUUCUGGCAUCUCUAAAGGCACAGAUAGACGUAGUUGCCAUUCCUGAGCUGAACACCUGUCUGUAGAGGACCUUGGCACCCUGACUAGACACGGCACACGUAGGCAGAGAGAGUUGCGGCAAGAGCCGCAGCGUGGGGGUCAGCAGGAAACGGCCUUUCCCUUCAGAGAGCUGCAGUUUCGCAGGGAGAAACGAUGUUAUAACGAUCCCCAGAAGCAGAAUUUUUUGUAACCAACCAGGUCAAGACUGAGCAUUUUCUGGCAGGUUCCCUGCAGUCAGUGUGGUGACCGUGGGGCUUGGGGGAAAGUGUGUCUAAACAGGACCCUUCUUGUGCUUUCAUGGCCCCCAUCAGAAGAGAAAAUCAGCAGUAAGCCAAACCAAGCAGCUUAAGUGUAGGAUAUGAACCUGACUCACGCUGGAAGGGAGAACUCAUACACUCCCAGACCGGUUCUUUCUCAAAACCUUGUAAACGCCGGCACGUUCUCCUUGAAGUUGAGCUGCUCAACUUUAUGAACUGUGAAAUUUACAUUUAUACUCUUUCAACCCACAUGUACCAUUCAAGUUUAUGAAGCUGCCCAUUCGACUAAAUUGCCGUGUUUAUUCUUGUCUCAUGUAGAAAUAAAACAAUCUUACGGGAAACUGUUAUGACAAUCCAUUCCAACUGUUUUCAGACACAGGCAUAAACACCCUCUGCUCACAUUCCAGAACCACCUGCCCACUAUCCGUACAACUCCUUGAGAAGUUCAGGGAUUGGAUGUGGACGGAGAGAGGGUCCUUCAUUUUCCAAACACUUUGUGUAACAAGUCACUACUCAUCCUGUCUAAAGACCAUAAAAUUAACAUUGUGAAUAACCAACUGCAAAACAAAACAGUUCUCCAAAGUACCUCGUGAACCAUUUAGAGGAAAUUUCAACAUCAGUCCCCCGGAAAAGUUAAAUUUGCUGUUGGACACACAAGACUUUCAGAAACUAUGACCCUUCUGUCAAUGCCCACUCUUUAUCUAGUAAAUAAAGGCAAUGGGCUCCUAGGGCAAGAAGAGGAAAAUGCCCAGAGUGCAAAUGAUGGAAAGUAAGAUUUUUUAUGCUGUGGGGUUGUCAUGUUGUGGAAUUCUCCUGGCCCCUUCUUGUCCAGUCCCACUGCAGUUUAGUCUUUAAAACUUGGUGUUUUAAAAUGUAUCUCGUUGUGAAAACCAGAAACAAGGGGUAAACGUGAUUUCAGUUAAAACUGUGUACAAAUAUCUUAUGUAAUUUUGCUGCUCUGUCUCAUUUUUAGGCUAUGAAUUUUGUAAUGAGCUUAUCAGAUUACAAAUUUCCUUUGUUUACAAUCUCAUGUAGUCGGGCUCAGAUCGUUUCUUAGCUAUCAGCCUCUUGUCCCAUUUUCGUAUUAAGUUCCAUUUAAAAUGCUGUUUAAGCUAAGCCUGAAACUUCAACUCAAUUAAUUAAAAAUUAGGAGAGUGUUCCUUGAUUGAAAUGGAAAGGGUAUAUUCUUUUCGAAGAAUUUUGUAACUGUCUUUAAUAGGUACUUUGCUUGGAAAACCGCGGGGGAGUUAAUGGUUGUAUUACUUUCCAGAGCAUUAUCUAAUGGGCCCAAUGUGUACCUCAAGAGAAACAUAGUAUGUUAUGUCUAAAAAAAAUUCAUUGUUGAUUUAAAUGGUUCCAAAAUGUCUAUAAAUAAAGAAAAUUUAAAAGUU